AUGGGGUUUUCUCUUUUUAAGCCAAAGGAGACUGUCUUCGAGCAGGACGAACGCUCCGACAAUGCGAGUAUCAUCGACGAUGGCAGUUUGCACUUUUAUGCCGAGGGAGGUGCCAACUCGAAAGAGGUCACCUACCAAGAGGCCAGCGGCGCUCCGAUCGAGGUAGAUUCGCCGUUGGGAUACUCGGUAGGCUACGUGACGGUGAUCUUUCUGAACCUGAGCAAAAUGAUAGGGACGGGUGUUUUUACGACGCCAUCGUCUGUCCUCAGCGGCGCUGGCUCCGUGGGCCUCUCGCUCUUCUACUGGGUCAUCGGCUACAUGGUCGCCUACAGCAUGCUGGCUGUCUAUCUGGAAUUCGUGUCUUAUUUUCCUAGCCGAUCGGGAUCGGAGGUCGUGUACCUGGAACAGUCGUAUCCGAGGCCGAAAUAUUUCUUUCCGACAGUGUUUGCGAUGCAGACGGUGCUGUUCUCGUUCAGUAGCAGCAAUGCCGUUGUGCUGGCGCAGUAUCUCUUCAAAUUGGCCGAGUCGGAGCCUACGGAUUGGCAGCUCAAAGGUGUCGCCGUUGCGUCGUAUAGCGUCGCGUUUCUCGCCCUUGCGUUUAAUACCAAAUACUCCCUCCAUCUGGCCAACGCGAUCGGGGUCAUCAAGCUCAUUACUCUGAUCUUUAUCGGAAUCACCGGUCUCGUCGUCCUCGGAGGCAAUGUGUCCUCCAUCCCUGAUCCUAAGGUCAACUUCCGAAACGCGUUCGAAGGCACCUCGGAUGCGUCUGUCUACGGCGCCACCAACGCCCUGGUCAAGGUCAUGUUCUCGUACAUGGGGUAUGAGAAUGCAUUCAACGUGGUCAACGAGGUCAAAAACCCCGUUAAAACCCUCCGAUGGAGCGCCCCCAUCUCGUUGACCCUAACGGCCACUCUGUACAUCCUCGCCAACAUCGCAUACUUCACCUCCGCGUCGAAGCAGGAGAUCCUCGACUCGGAAAUCGGCGUCGCCAGUCUCUUCUUUGAGAAAGUCUUCGGGUCCAACGGUGCUUCGCGCGCACUGAACUUCCUCAUCUGUCUCAGCGCGUUCGGAAACUUGCUGGCUGUGUUGAUCGGGCAGUCGCGUAUGCUUCGCGAAUGUGGACGACAAGGCGUCCUCCCCUUCACGCGCUUCUGGACCUCCACCCGCCCCUUCGGCACCCCUCUGGGCCCCUACACCCUGAAAUGGGGCUUAACCGUCAUCAUGAUCCUGGCUCCUCCAGCCGGCGAUGCCUUCAACUUCGUCGUCGACCUCAGCAUGUACCCCUCUAACCUGUUCAACUUCCUCCUCGCCAUCGGCCUCAUCUUCACCCGCUACUACCGCAAGCGCCUCAACUUCCCGAAUUCCGGCUACAGCGCCUGGCACGUCGUCGUGGGCUUCGCCAUCCUCUCGAACCUCUACCUGCUCGUCGCACCGUGGUACCCACCCACCGAGGGCGCCACCGGCGGCGACGUCAGUUUCUGGUACGCGACGUACUUGGUUGUCGGGUUGGCUAUUAUCGCGGCCUGCGGCGCCUACUACUGGAUUUACAUCAAGGUGUUGCCGAUGUUCGGGGGGUAUGAGUUCCGGCAGACGAUUCUGAAGAUGGACGGUGGGGCGGUGGCGCAUAAGUUGGUGAAGAUUCCGAAGGAGCAGGUGGCCAGUUGGGAUGCUGAGCAUGAUGCUGCGGGGAGAGUCAGGAGGAGGACGGUUAAUCCGGUGGUUGUGGGGGAGAAGUAG